UCAGCUUUGAUUGAUGAUUUCACCAGAUUCUGCUACCAAAGAAACCUCCCAAGAGCCAUCAAAGCUAUGGAUGCCAUGCAAAUCCACGGCCUUCAUGCUGAUUCCAUCACAUACUCUGAGCUCAUCAAGUGUUGCUUGGCCCGUGGCGCUGUUCGAGAAGGCAAACUCGUUCACAAUCACGUCUUCUCAAAAGGGUAUGAACCCAAAACGUUUUUAAUCAACAUUUUGAUUAAUAUGUACGUGAAGUUUAAUCUCUUGGAGGACGCUAAAACAUUCGAUAAAAUGCCUAAGAGAACCGUUGUUUCUUGGACAACAAUGCUAUGGGCUUAUUGUAAUGCUAAGAUGAAUGACAAGGUGUUUGAGUUCUUUAUUUUGAUGCUCAGAGAAGGUGUUAGACCGAAUAUGUACACCUACUCUUCCACUUUGAGAUCUUGUGUUUGAUUACUCAAUCUUAGGCAGCUUCAUUGUGGAAUAAUUAAAGUUAGUUUGGAUUCUGAUGUGUUUUUUAGGAGUGCUUUGAUUGAUGUUUAUGCCAAAUGGGGUGAGUUGAAGAAUGCACUUGUUUUCAGUGAGAUGGUGACUGUAGAUUUGGUUGUUUGGAACUCAAACAUUGGAGGGUUUGCUCAGAAUAGUGAUGGCGAUGAGGCUUUGAAUCUUUUCAAGAGAAUGAAGAGGGCUGGUUUUAUGGCGGAUCAGGCCACGCUAACAAGUGUUUUGAGGGCGUGUACUGGAUUAGCGCUGUUAGAAUUGGGGACACAAGUCCAUGUUCAUGUAUUGAAGUAUGACCGAGAUUUGAUACUUAACAAUGCGCUUUUGGAUAUGUAUUGCAAGUGUGGUAGCUUGGAAGAUGCAAAGUCUGUUUUUGAUAGGAUGGUAGAGAGGGAUGUGAUUUCUUGGAGCACCAUGAUUGCAGGGUUGGCACAGAACGGGUACAGCCGAAAGGCGCUGAAUUUGUUUGAGUUGAUGAAAGCCUCAGGUUUAGGACCGAAUUAUAUUACAAUUCUUGGUGUUCUAUUUGCUUGUAGCCAUGCAGGGCUUGUAGAAGAUGGGUUGUAUUACUUCCAAUCUAUGAAGAAGCUUUAUGGGAUUGAACCAGAAAAGGAGCAUUAUGGCUGUGUAAUUGAUCUUCUUGGAAGGGCUGGAAGGCUCGAUCAAGCAGCUAAGUUAAUACAUGAGAUGGAAUAUGAACCAGAUGCUGUGACAUGGAGAACUUUGCUGGGUGCAUGCAGGGUUCACCAGAACACCGAUCUUGCUAUAUAUGCUGCCAAACAGAUUCUAAAUCUAGAUCCCCAAGAUGCAGGAACAUACAUACUGUUAUCUAACAUUUAUGCAAAUUCGCAAAGAUGGGACGACGUAGCAGAAGUUAGGAAGACCAUGAGAGACAGGGGAGUGAGGAAAAAACCAGGGUGCAGCUGGAUUGAAGUAAAUAAGCAGAUUCAUGCUUUCAUUUUUGGAGAUAGCUCACAUCCAAAGAUAGAUGAAAUCAAUAGGGAGCUCAACCAGUUAAUUCACAAAUUAGUAACAGUGGGUUAUGUGCCAGACACAAAUUUUGUUUUGCACGAUCUUGAAGGAGAGCAAAAAGAAGACUCAAUUCGAUACCACAGUGAAAAACUGGCAAUUAUUUUCGGUUUGAUGAGCUUGUCAAGGGGUAAGACCAUCAGGAUCAGGAAAAAUAUUAGGAUAUGCGGCGACUGUCAUAUCUUUGCAAAACUCACAGCAAAGAUGGAGCAUCGAACUGUAGUGAUCAGAGACCCUGUCCGGUAUCAUCAUUUUCAAGAUGGAAUUUGCUCCUGUGGAGAUUACUGGUAGCAGAUGUUAAAGAAACGCUUGAAACGUCACUGUUACUCUCUCAGUGUCGAACAGGAACACAAAGCUUCUGCAUUAUUGAGAUAGUCAUGUAGAUUCAAGCCAUUUUGAAGCUUAAAUCCAGAAAAAAUAAAUCGUAAGUAUUACUUCUUAGUGAUCAUUUUACUUAAGAAUGGUCAAUGAGGUUGAUGGACAUGAUCACUGCUCAUAACAAUCUGAAUCUAAGUCGGCUAUGACCCACCAAAGAUAUUGAUGGCAUGACCAAUAUAUCAGUCUAGU